CCACACAUUGUCCAAGCAAGCAUGAAACGUAGGACCAUCUCCCACCAUUCAUCGUAUUUUCCAAAAACCUACCCAUUUCUCCUUCUCUCCUUCCCUCCUUCCCCACUUGUUUAUUACAAAUUUUUUCCACAUCCUCACAUUUUCCUCCUAUAUUCAUCAUGAACACUCCUCCUCCUACUAAUUACACCACAGAAAAUCUAUCUGAAAUGGGUUCCAGGAGCUUUUCACAAGCCGUUCGAAGAACUAAAGCAAGCCGCAGUAAGGCAACUGGGCUGCAUGAGGGUGAGAAAGUUGUUCAGAGUAAUAAGGAUAGGGAUGAUUAUAACGUUAAUGGCGGCAGACGAGAGAGGCUGAAGAGACAUAGAGAAGAAGUGGCGGCCGGGAGUGUGUUGAUUCCGGAUAAAUGGGGGCAAGAAGAGCUGCUGAAGGAUUGGAUUGACUGUUCGGCUUUUGAAGGUGUUUUGGUUCCGAAUAAGAUUGCUUCUGCUCGUAAAGCUCUUGUGGCGGAUCAUGGACGUGGAGCCAGUAGUGCUUCCACUUCUAUUUCUCCUCAUCAACAACGUCUGAGGAUUGAGAGUAGGUGUUAAGUUAUUAUUUUUUUUUUAAAGGAAGAGGUUAAUUCUCUUAGAUCUGGAUCUCUUGUUGAGUUUUGUAUCAUAUUUCCUGUGUACUGAAUUGAAAAUGUGUGAAAUGUUGAUAAAGAGCAUUUGUUAUUGUAACAAA